AUGUCCAAGACAGAUUUUUUAUCAUGGGACGACGACUUAGAUUUAGAUAUAUUGUUAGGGGAAUACACAGAUACUGACCCAAUUGUAGAUAGUGACGACGACUUCGUUCUAGAGACAGUUGUGCACCCCCCAAAAAGAGUCAAGGGAAUUGACAAGAGUUUAAGUGCAGAUGGAACUGCUGCUGAUGGUUACAAAUGUCCUGACUGUGACAAGAUUCUAAAAUCUAUCUCUGGGUUCCGUGGACACACUUCAAGACAACAUGGAAAACAUUUGAAAGCCCUUGAAGAUGACCCAAUGAUAGCUUUAUUUGGAUCAACAGAUUUUUUGCCCAUUCUUCAGGUAUCAAAGCAUAAGCCAACAAUUGAGGAAUUCUUUCUUAAUGCAUUCUGUGCCAUAUUCAAAGACAAUGCAAGCAUCACCAUUGAAGCUGACAGGGAAACCAUUUUUUCAUGCUUUCACCGCAUACGUUUAGGCGACACUUUACAGACUGGUGGUAUCACCCUCUUUCAAUCGCUUGGUUUUAUGGACUCCUCAGUCAUUACAAACUUUAUACAGACAUUUCUGCUGGAAUUGAUGAAUCAAGUCCUUAAGGAACACUUAUCAAAAAAAAUGAAGCAAACGCAAGCCUUUGACGACUCUCUUACAGAUAAUGACCAGAAAAUAUUGUUUUAUAUUGCUGGGUUCAUCAUUCGUGCACUCCAUAAGAGAUACAAUAAACUGAAGGUAUCAAGCCUUAAAGAAGAAACGUUAUUGUGUGUUCAAGGUUUACAAGAUUCAUCAGAUACCAAGACAUUUCUUAGUAAAUUUAAAUCAUGGACAGUUAAGAAGGAUCGUGGUGGUCUCAAGCUUCCAACUGAUAACUUUUAUCUUCUGGUCCGUCACAUGGAGAUUAUUGUAAGACAGAGUGUAAAUUUGGAUAAUUUAAGUGCAUCUUCUCUCUGCAAAGACUCGCUAAAAGAAAAGAUUAUGGAUGCAUUCAUGGUGAAGCACUAUGCCUCUCAGCUUUUUCCAGCCAGCGACAAUACUUUGUGUAUAAUGGAGGACAUUGUUAAUGUUUUUUUAACUGUUCUUUGA